AUGGCAUCCGAUCAGACCACAAUCCAGGAGGGAAAUUCCCCAAGUAUCCCAGCACAUUUUCUCCAUACACCGGGGACGCAUGGCUCCCCGCGCCUGCCACACACCAUCGCCCAUCGAGGAUACAAGGGGAAAUUUCCAGAGAAUACAAUCUGUGCGAUUGAAGGAGCCGUCCAGGCAGGAACUCACGCGUUGGAACUCGACUUGCACCUGACUAGGGAUGGAGUUGUCGUGCUAUCGCAUGAUGCAAACUUGAAGCGAUGCUUCGGGGUCAGGAAGAAAAUCAUUGACUGUGAUUGGGACUACUUGAAAAAGCUUCGCACCUUGCAAGCUCCAUACGAGCCGAUGCCACGACUGCUAGACGUUCUCGAGUACCUACGACAGCCAGGCCGUGAGCACAUUUGGGUGCUACUCGAUAUAAAACUUGACAAUGACCCAGCGACCAUCAUGCAAAAGAUCGCCGAAGUUGUCGAAUCAGUUCCUAUUCCUGCCAUCGGCCCCGACUGGCAUCGUCGUAUCGUGCUUGGCUGCUGGUCAGCUCGAUACUUACCCCAACGUGCCCGGUUUUUGCCGCGGUAUGCAAUGACUUUGAUCUGCGUGGACUUAAGUUAUGCGCGGCAGUUCCUCCAGGUCCCUCGGAUCUCGUUCAAUAUCAACCAAAAAGUCUUGAUGGGUCCGCUGGGUCGGGGGUUCCUAGAAGAGGCCAAGGCUGCGAGGCGGCCAGUCUAUUUAUGGACGGUGAAUGCGCCCAAUCUCAUGAGAUGGGGCAUACGCCAUGAUGUAGACGGGAUCAUCACUGAUGACCCAGCUCUGUUUCGCCAAGUUUGUGAGGAAUGGAAGAAAGACAAAGCGAACGGGCCAGACGCUGCACAAGACCCCGAAUUAGACCGACUCUCCCUUGGCCAACGAGCUCAAAUCUGGAUCGUUACCGCCUUUAUCCUGGUGUUUGGGUGGCUUUUAAGAUUCAAAUAUCUGCCUGCUGUCGAGCGUGUUCAAUUUGACGAGCGUAAACUUGGAUGA